UGCGGCAACAUGGGUGUGUUUGACCGCGGAGUUCAGAUGCUGCUGACCACGGUGGGGGCCUUCGCCGCCUUCAGCCUGAUGACCAUCGCCGUGGGGACGGACUACUGGCUGUACUCCCGCGGCGUCUGCAAGACCAAGAGCACCAACGAGAACGAGACCAGCAAGAAGAACGAGGAGGUGAUGACGCACUCGGGCCUCUGGAGGACCUGCUGCCUGGAAGGUUCUUUUAAAGGCAUGUGCAAGCAGAUCGAUCACUUCCCAGAGGAUGCUGACUAUGUGGCGGAUGCUUCCGAGUACUUCCUACGCGCCGUUCGAGCCUCCAGCAUCUUCCCCAUCAUGAGUGUGAUCCUGCUCUUCAUGGGGGGGCUGUGCAUCGCCGCCAGCGAGUUUUACAAGUCACGCCACAACAUCAUCCUCAGCGCCGGCAUCCUCUUCGUCUCCGCAGGCCUGAGCAACAUCAUAGGAAUCAUCGUGUACAUAUCAGCCAACGCCGGCGACCCUUCCAAGAGCGACUCCAAGAAAAACAGCUAUUCCUACGGCUGGUCCUUCUACUUCGGCGCCCUCUCCUUCAUCAUGGCCGAGAUGGUGGGCGUGCUCGCCGUGCACAUGUUCAUCGACCGCCACCGGGAGCUGCGCGUGGGGGCGCGAGCCGCUGACUACCUCCAAGGUGCGGCCAUCACGCGCAUCCCCAGCUACCGCUACCGGUAUCGACGCCGCUCACGCUCCUCAUCCCGCUCCACCGACCCCUCGCACUCCCGCGAGGCGUCGCCGGUGGGCCUGAAGGCCUUCGGGGCGCUGCCCUCCACCGAGCUGUCCAUGUACACGCUGCCCAAGGGCGGCACGGGCACCCCGACGGCCACCUAUAACUCCACGGAGAGGGACCACAACUUCCUGCAGGUCCACAACUGCAUCCAGAAGGACCUGAAAGACUCCAGCAGCGCGGCUAACCGACGCACCACACCUGUAUGA